CCCUAGGGGCGUGCCUGGCGCUCGGUCCCGCCCCCGGCGUAGCGGGCUCGGGCGUGAGGGCCGCGGUCUUCACCUGGGACCCCCGUGUCGGGGCCGCCGCGUCGGUGUGCUGUGGUCGCAGGCCUGGUCGGGGCCUUCAGAGGGCUUGAGGCGAGAGAGCUGAAGGCUUCAGGGGAACUCUGACCUAGGGACAUCUCGAUGGCCUUGGGAGAAGAAAAGGCAGAGGUGGAAGCAUCCGUGGACACAAAGACCCCAUCUUAUGGGCAGUGGAGCUGCAGGGAGCAGGAGGUGGACAUCGUGGGGCUCGUGAGCAGGGAGCAGGAGCCACCACUGUGCCUGGAAGCUGAGGCAAGGACUGCCUCCCCUGUAUGGGGAACAGAGGGGCUGUCUGCCCCUCCCUGCUGUGAUGGGGCUGACCCUAGUCCCUCUGCAUCCUGCCAGCCACAGGCCAACGCCAGCAGCAGGGAGCCAGUGGCUGGUAGAGCUCAGCUUGCUCUUGGUUGCCUGCCUCCUCCUGCUGGCGCGGGGACUAGAGACCUUUUGCACUCUGUGGGAAGCCAGAUGGAGGAGACCAGGCUUUCUGCCUCAGAGGAUCUACCUCAGGCUCUCAGUGUUCCCAGAGCUACAGGCCUUUGCUCAGGACACGAUGCCGAUAGCGAAGAUGACUCAUCCCCGGUUGAGUCGCCGCGAGCGCUAGACCUCAGCCAGCAGCCCCACUACUCAGGUUUCCCUUUCCCACCAAGGUGGAGGCCGCUGGCAAGCCAAGCUGCCCCUGCUCCUCAGUUCUCCAGCUGCAGCGUCUCUGCCUCCUCCCUCGGUAGUCUCCAGGGUCACCGAGAGAAGGCAGAGCCUCUAGGUUGCUCCAUUGCCAAGGUCUCCUCCUCUCUGCAGCUGGUCGUCCCCCCGCUGACCCCCUCUGUGGUGGGGCCGGGGCUCCAGUGGUCACCACAGCCCCCAUCUUCUGGGGUUGAUGCUCCGGGGCUGGGCAGGAGGCGCCUCUCCUUCCAGGCCGAGUACUGGGCCUGUGUGCUGCCAGACUCCCUGCCUCCUUCCCCCGACCGCCACUCCCCGCUCUGGAACCCGAAUAAAGAGUAUGAAGAUCUGCUGGACUAUACAUACCCGCUUAGGCCCAAGCCUCAGCACCCAAAGCACCUUGACAGCCACACGCUGGCUGACCCUGUCCUGCAGGACUCAGGUGUAGACCUGGAUAGCUUUUCUGUUUCCCCAGCAAGUACCCUGAAGUCCCCCACUAAUGGCUCCCAGAAUUGCCCAUCAGCAGAGGCUUUCCUGCCAUUCUCUAGGCCCAGAGAGCCAAGCCUUAUGCGGUCGCCCUCUGGAGUACCCCAGAAGCAGGGCAGCCUGGGACUGGCAUCUUGUAACCAACUCGCAUCUACGCCCAGAGCUCCAGGCCGUAGGGACACUCCUUGGGAGAGCAGAGAGCCAGCCCUGAGGGGUGUGAAGGACUGGCUCCCCGUGGGCAGGCACCUUGAGGUGGGAUCUCCCCAGCUGAAGACAUGGGACAGAGGGUGGUCCUUGCCUAGGACGGAGAGAGAGAAGGGGGCCAGCCGUGGUGCCUGGCACCCUGCCUGCACAGAGUCCAGAUGGAAAUCAGAAGAGGAGUUAGAAAGUGAUGACGAGUAUCUUGCCCUGCCCACUCGGCUGACGCAGGUUUCUAGUUUGAUUUCACAUCUAGGUUCCAUUCCUACCUUGGUGACCCUGCCCACCGGGGCUGCCAAAGGGCAGACCUCCCUGGAUCCGUCAGACAGUGAUAGGCCAGCUUCUCUCCCAUCAGACUCGAGCCAAAGCCAGCUUCCUUCGGGGACUGUCUUCAGAGGGCCCAGGGGCCCCGAGGGCCAGAACAACUGUUUGCUGCACUCCUUCGUCCAGGCAAGGGGCCCUGGAGGGGACGGCAGUCUGGGGAGCAGCCAGGCGCUGGGGGUCUCCGGACUGCUGAGAGCACACUCUUCCUUGCCAGCUGUGUGGGACCAGUGCGCGUGCUUGGACCCAGAUGCUACAGGGCAGCCUCUCGGGAAGGGAGAGCAGGGAAAAGAAUCGCUCAUGCAGUGUGUGAAGACAUUCUGCUGUCAGCUGGAAGAGCUGAUCCGCUGGCUGUAUAACGUAGCGGAUGUUACCGACCACUUGAUUUCAUCUAAGCCCAAUCUUACAGGUCUCAAGUCUUCUCUGCAGCUUUACCGGCAAUUCAAGAAAGAUAUAGAUGAACACCAGUCCCUGACAGAGAGUGUCUUACAGAAGGGGGAGAUUCUUCUUCAGUGCCUGUUGGAUAACACCCCAGUGUUAAAGGAUGUCCUCGGGAGGAUCUCGAAGCAGCCCAGUGAGCUGGAGAGCCACGCAGAUCGCCUGUAUGAUGCUAUCUUAGCUUCUCUGGACAUGCUAGCUGGCUGCACCCUUAUUCCUGACAACACGCCAGUGGCACCCAAGAGCACGGGUGUAAAGGGGAUGAGCCUGGCAUCUCAAGCAGAUAUGUAACCUGUCGACUAAAAUCUGGCGGUGGGAAACUUUCAGGAAGCCCUUGUAAGAGCCAUUUAACACUGAAAUCAAGGGGUAAACUUAACUGUAAUGUACUAGCUUUAAAAUACCUUUCUAGUCCCUGAAGUGUAAAGGCUGUUGAGUUACUUUUCUUUAUUUAAAAUGAAUCCUUCCAAACUGAGGUUUUCCUUUUGGUGCUUCUCUAUAAAAGCUUGUAGUUUUGCAGUUUUUGAUCAGACAAGGCUGAUAAAGCUUAUUUACAGGUCUUUCACUGCUCCACCCCGCCCCAAUCCAUUUAAAAAGACCAGAGCUCUUAAAAUAGUCCCUGCUGAGAGCCUUUGAAGAAGGUUCACAGGAGAGAGAAGGUACCAAAUACUUGGUAUUCUCCGGUAUACCAGAAGACCGAAGAAACUUGGGGGGUAGGGGAUGGGGAAGAAUCAUUGGCCAAGAACUUGGGGUCUUUUUAUAAAAUUAACUUAGGUUUAUAAAUCCCUCUUCAAAGUUUUAGAAGAGACUUUAAAUCUCCAAAUUAAUAGUUCUAAACGAAUUAUUUUUGGCUGUUAGGACAUCUUGGGGGUUAUCUUUGGGGUUCAGUAGGGCUCCAUCUGCCUGCCUAACUAAUGUCAGGGACUUAGGGAACUGUCACUAAGCUUCUGCAGGACUGUGGCCUGAUUAUCCACACCUUAAAACAUUUAAUACAAAAUUACCUCUAGAGCGACACCACCGUGUAUUCCUACUCUCCCUUAGAAGAGUAGUACAAGAUCAGGGAGAAGGGCAUAGAUAGGGUCAUGCAGCCUGGUUAACUACAGAAACUAAGGCUGUAGGUAGUGAAGGAAAAAAGGGAAAUUCUUCAUGGCUUGGGAGUGACAUGUACCUUGAUAAGAAAAAAUAUAUAACCAUCAGUUCUGUAGCUUUCUAAAGCAAAAUGUUAAGACUUCAGAAAAGGAUUCUUCACACUUUAUCUUUUGUCAGACUCCUUCCAGAUUCUCAUUUGAGGAGGGUUCAUUCUUAAGGAAGAUCUCCUGUUUAUAAAGAAAAAUGAACAAGUCAUCUUGAACCUAAAGAAGGUGACUUUGGAACCGUUAUUCUCAUGAGCAGACGUCCCCUUAGAACAAAACGUUUAAUACAAAAUUACCUUCUUUAAAAGUUUAGGACUUUAGUUUUGAGGCCAUGUAUGUAAUCCUACCACCAUCUCAUCUACUUCCAUAUGAAUUUCAAGUCCUAUUAUUAAAUGUGACUUCUGCUUUAAAAUCUGACUUUAUCGUCACUGGGAAAAGUUGCUGUUAAAUUCUAAUAUUUAAAAAUUAACUACAAAAGUAAACUACAUAAAAUGCACUAUUUCAAGUGCCUACUGCUAUGGUAUGAUUUACCAAUGAGCAAGGGCAUGGAGCAAGGACAUGAUCAGAAUUCAACUAUGUGUUUUGAUUCUGCCACCUCCAUAUUAAUCUUGGUUCCAUUGUGAGAUUUAAAAAGGACAAAACAAAACACCUCCAGAGCAAAUAAUUACAUGCAUAAAAUAUUCUUAAAAACCUACAAAUGCUUUAAAAAUGUAUAAUGGCCUCUGUUCUUAAAUUGAUCUAUUUCACCUUCUCUUUGAUGUGGCUAUAAAUUGGUACAUGCCUUUCUACUAUUACAGGAUAGCCCUAAGGUGUUAAACCCA